AUGGUAUUUAUAUCUGCCGUAGCCACGUGGACUUCUUCUUCAUUAGUGCCUGGUUCGAUUCUUGGAAGAGUCAGGGCUGUGGCAGGCCGUCAUGUCGUCAGUUACAGUAUCAACGACGAGAAAUUUGACGUUGAUUCAUGGGGAAAUGUGAUUUUCACGGGUGAAGCCCUGACAUCAGGUCUUCACGAAUUUGUCGUGACGGCAUCGACGGAGUUCCAAAACGCUACAACUGUCCAGAAGGUGAUUGUCGAAAGCGACACUGCAGCCGUCGGGGGAAGAUCGUUUCGUGUUAAGGAGAAUUCUGCUCCCGAAACGAUCACAGAGAUAGGCGAAGAUCAAGAUAUCUUGCUGGUGGUUCCAUCAACAUCGGCUUUCAAAAUAUCUGAUGGGAAACUCGUCCUAUCCAAACCGUUGGACUACGAGAACUCUUCCAACUAUCAUGUACUCGACUUUACACAACUGAUUACCAAAUUGAAGUAUAACUGGGCGUCAAUGCACAACGAUCCGGGGAAUGCGACGCUACUACUUUCGUGGUCGAUGCGUUGCCCUUCUCAACAAACAUCCGUUGUAAGACCCAGACUCUCAGGAGACAGUCAGGUUAAAGUAUCGGACGACCUCCACAAAGAUGAAAAUUUCGGAAGACGGACUCCUGUCUGUGUCUUCUAUGAAUGGAACGACGACUUCAGUUGCUGUUGA